AUGUCUCAAGCCGAGCAAGAGGUCACACUGGAGACCCGCGGGCACACCGCCAUCAUCACUCUCAACAUUCCAAAGAAGCUGAAUGCACUCAAUGGAGACCACUACUUCCGUCUUGCCAAACUGAUGCAAGAGGUCGCCGCCAUGGACAAUGUUUACAUCACAAUCCUAACAGGAAAAGGGCGUUUCUUCUCCGCGUACGUUGCUUCUUUCUACCAAACAACAACGUCAUCUUACUAA